AUGGGUCACCAACAACUUUACUUUUCCAACCCUAGGAAAUUCAGCCAGGGCUCCCAUUCAUGCCGAAUGUGCGAGAUCUGGAAAUAUGGUCUCAACGCGAGCCACCAGUGCUUCAGACAAUACACCAAAGACAUCAGUUUCAUAAGUUGA